AUGGCCUGUGGAUCUCAGUGGGACCUGUGGCCGAUAAGCGUGGCCUGUGGUGACCUGUGGAUCUCAGUGGGACCUGUGGCUGACAAGCGUGGCCUGUGGUGGCCAGUGUGGCCUGUGGAUCUCAGUGGGGCCUGUGGAUCUCAGUGGGACCUGUGGCCAAUAAGCGUGGCCUGUGGUGGCCGGUGUGGCCUGUGGAUCUCAGUGGGACCUGUGGCUGACAAGUGUGGCCUGUGGUGGCCGGUGUUGCCUGUGGAUCUCAGUGGGACCUGUGGUCGACAAGCCUGGCCGCGUUUGCCGCGGGCGCCGGGCUGCGGCCCGGCCGCCGGCCGCCUCCUCGUGAAAGACCUGGUGAAUGGCUACCAGUGCGUAUGCCCCCCGGGCUUUGGAGGUCGGCACUGCGAGCUGGAGCAGGGUGGCUGUGCCAGCAGCCCCUGCCGUGGCGGGGGCGUGUGUGAGGACCUGCAGGAGGGCUUCCGCUGCCGCUGUCCCCGGGGUCUCUCUGGGCCGCUCUGUGAGUACUGCCGCCUGCACCUAGGCCGUCCCUGGGGACACGUGUGCCUCCUCUCGCAGGUCAACGUGGACUUCUGUGAGCCAAGCCCCUGUCUAAACGGUGCUCACUGCUACAGCCUGGACGGGGACUACUACUGCGCCUGCCCUGAGGACUUCGGUGGCAAGAACUGCUCGUGGCCCAGGGAGCCCUGUCCGGGCGGGGCCUGCAGAGUGGUUGACGGUUGCGGGGUUGAGGUGGGGCCUGGGGUGUCUGGCGUGGCCCCCACCGGCGUGUGUGGCCCCCACGGACACUGUGUCAGCCAGCCUGGGGGAAACUUCUCCUGCGUCUGUGACAGUGGCUUCACGGGUACCUACUGCCAUGAGAACAUCGAUGACUGCUUGGGCCAGCCCUGCCACAAUGGGGGCACGUGCAUUGACGAGGUGGAUUCCUUCCGCUGCUUCUGCCCCAGCGGCUGGGAAGGCGAGCUCUGUGAUACCAAUCCCAACGACUGCCUCCCUGACCCCUGCCACAGCCGGGGCCGCUGCUACGACCUGGUCAAUGACUUCUACUGCGCCUGCCACGAUGGCUGGAAGGGGAGACCAGUGGUCUCUGGUGGUCUCCGGCGCACCUGCCAAGUCCUUCCGAACCCCGUGCCGGGGCUGCAGUGGCAGAUCCGGGAGCCGGAGGAGGCCCUGCUCACCGGCCAGGCCUCAGUCGCGCUCUCCUCCUCCUCCGUCUCCCAUGGCAGGCCAGGCGUGAAAUCUGCCCCCAAGUUCUCCACAUUGGGACCGCAGUUGACUGGGACCCACACCGCCAGCCUAGCCAAAAAUAUCAAAAGCUUUGAGUUUUGA